UCCCACAAUGCACUUUGUGUCAACACGGUCCUGGUGGUCGCUUCGAGGAGGGGCCCGGGGCGCCCAGCGGAGCUGCACGCAGCCGGAGGGGUAUCAGGCGGGGUCCGGCUGUUGAGGGGCGACUGGCAGCCAUGGCGGAGUCGGCGCCUGCUCGGCACAGGAGGAAGCGCCGCUCCACUCCUUCGGCAUCUCCCACGCUGCCCCCACAAGCGACAGAGAAAAGCUCCUAUCUGCAGACGACAGAGAUCUCACUCUGGACAGUGGUGGCUGCCAUUCAAGCUGUGGAGAAGAAGAUGGAGUCCCAGGCUGCCCGGCUGCAGAGCCUGGAGGGGCGGACGGGCACAGCUGAGAAGAAGCUGGCCGACUGCGAGAAGACGGCCGUGGAGUUCGGGAACCAGCUGGAGGGCAAGUGGGCCGUGCUGGGGACCCUGGUGCAGGAGUACGGGCUGCUGCAGAGGCGGCUGGAGAACAUGGAAAACCUGCUGAGAAACAGGAACUUCUGGGUCCUGCGGCUGCCCCCGGGCAGCAAGGGGGAGGUCCCUAAGGUGUCCCGGUCACUUGAAAAUGAUGGAGUGUAUUUUGCAGAGCAGGAGGAGGAGAAUCUGGAAGACUGGCAGAAGGAGCUUUACAGAAAUGUGAUGAAGAGCAACUAUGAGACCCUGGUCUCUCUGAAGGUCCUUGGCGAGCCAGAAGGAGAAGCGGAGCUGGGUACAGAGAUGCUGGGCGAGUUGGAGGAGGAAGGCCCUGAUGGUGUCCACCCAGCAGAAGGGGUCAUGCUCAAGCCGGAGCUACAGUACCCGCAGGAAGGCUCUGCGGGUCUCCCAGGGGGGUUCUCGGGCAUGGCUGAAGAGCAUGCGGCUUUCCUGAGCCCAGAGCAGACUGAGGUCUGGGACGGUCAGGGUGGGUCUGUCCUCCUGGAAUCAGGGCCCGGGGACACGAAUCUGGAGGAGCCUGUGGAAGGCAGUAGAGACCCUAGCAGUGGCAGAACUUUGGGUUGCCCCCCAAAGCCGAAAUCUAAUAGGCAGGUGCAACCGGGUCAGGAAUGUGGGCAGAGCCUGAAGCUGAAAAGGGACACUUCCGGCCCCUACGAAUGUUCUGAGUGCGAGAUCAGCUUCCGCUACAAGCAGCAGCUGGCUACACAUCUGCGGACCCACUCGGGGUGGGAGUCUUCCACGACCUCAGAGCCAGAAGAGAGCGUUCGGCCCAGGCCACGGCUUAAGCCCCAGUCCAAGAAGGCAAAACUGCAUCAGUGUGAGGUGUGUAUGAGGAGUUUCAGCUGCAGGGUCAGCCUGGUGACUCACCAGCGCUGCCACUUGCAGGAGGGGCCCAGUGGCAGCCACCGUGUCCAGGAGAGGUUCUCACCCAACAGCCUGGUUGCACUGCCCGGCCACAUCCCCUGGAGGAAAAGCCGAAGCUCCCUCAUCUGUGGUUACUGUGGGAAGAGCUUCAGCCACCCGUCCGACCUGGUGCGACACCAGCGCAUCCACACGGGUGAGCGGCCAUACAGCUGCACCGAGUGCGAGAAGAGUUUCGUGCAGAAGCAGCAUCUCCUGCAGCAUCAGAAGAUCCACCAGCGUGAGCGGGGCGGGCCGGCCCUGGGGCCGGGGAGACCCGGCGGCCUGCUGUAAGGGUGCCGACCCUCGCCUGUGCGGGGGCCCUGGGGCUGCCAUAGGCCCCCGAGAGACGCUGUGCAGCCAGGGACUGGCUUCCUCCUGAGGAGAGUCGCUCUGAUUUGCCUUCCCUUGACCAAGCAGCAGGCCGAGCCCUGAGGCCGUCCUCAGAACUGUGUGGAAGCGGAGGGGUCAGGGCCAGGCCUCUCCCUGCUGUCUGCCCUGCUGCUGAGUUUGCCAUGACAUGGCACCUUCAAGUCUCCCACCCGCACUGGUAUUUGUGGGCUGGGGCUGGCCCUCUGACCCCGCAGGGGCUGGUGGCUGGUUCGAGGGCCUGUCCCAGCAUUUCAGGUCUUCCCACGGGGUGGAGUCGGGCCAAAGGAGUGAGCAGGUGUGUGGGAGAGUUCUAGAAAGCAUAACCCUCUAUUUGCUCUUCUUUUGUAGUCUCUUUGUUAGUAACAAGUAGAAGAAAUAAUUUAAAGGAAGCGCUCACCCUGCCCUGAAGGACCUUUUGGAAUUAGAUUUUAGUUGAUUUUUUAAAAAAUACAGUCUGACACUUGUUUUUUUAAAUUUCUGGAGUUAUAGAAGUUGUUCCUAACAUGGGGACCGGGCCUACCCUCUAGGAGGGAAUCGUUUCUGGGGCUCUUUGAGUCCACCCACACUUAGGUAAGAGAUUGGGGGCACAGUGUGGCUCCCUCUCAGAUGGGGCUCACUGGGUCAAAAGGACCUAGAGGAAGAGAGCAGUGGCGGCAGACCCCAAAGCCCCUGUCGAAAACGAAGAGUCCAGUGAGGGAGUUAGGUACACGGAGGCUUCCUUUCCGGAGUUCGGAGUUGGGGUUUCUCGCCACAGUCCCGCUUGCCUUGCCCUUCGGUCCCAGUCUUCGCUGGGUUCUGCAGCCUCACAGGGUAGGCGACUCCUUUGUUACUUAAGGUUGUUCAGCUUGUGCCAGUGGUUAUUUGAGUUUGUUCCUCUUAUAGCAGUUGUUCCUUGAGGUUCAAAUGACACACUUCCCAAAUUAGUCCUGGGGUGACUGUCCCGGAGAUGAUGAAGGAAAGGCACGCAGGUGCUCGUCUCAGGAGUGUCGCAUGCCUGCCCCGCUGUUCGGGGAGACGGGAGUGGGCUUCUUGGUCCUGUGGGAGUGUUCCCUUUGAUGACUUGCAGUUGCCUAGAAUAAAACUUGCU